AUGAGUCAAACAAACUGUACUCUCAUAGCAAUAGAGCACAACUCGUAUGCAUUAGUGAGCAAAACGUUGAAUACAUUUGAGACCAAAGCGUACGACAACGACAUGUCUUCAGUGAUCACACAAAAGGCCACCACUUCUUCAGCCGACCGGGAGUUGUGUCGAGUGAUGGCCAUAGUCUCGGACGCCAGCCAUCGGUUUGGCAUCGAUUUGGACGACAUCUGCAGCCAAUACUACUCUAUUUACGGCCAGACACUCGACCCCAAAGGGUCCGACUGUCACACCGUUUACCAGUUGUGCCAACGAUUGGCCAAACAGUCCGAUCACUCCAUUGUCUUUGUGGACCACAAGAGCGUCGACUUGUUGUUCAAAAACGACCGCUUAUUCUUCGACCAAAAGGCUUACAACAAAUGGAUCGAUGGCUUCAAAGAGCGCUACGAUUUUCACUUUCUUGAAUCGCUGGCCAAACACCGCAUCCCUCCAGACGUGCCCUUAUGGUCGGCCGUACGGCUCCCGCCGGCUGUUGUGCCCAACACUGCCGUCUUUAGCCAACAGAUCCAAUCAUUUCGCGCCAAAAUUGUUCACUUGGAGUCACCGGACCUGAUGUUCAUUCACCUCAAGACAAAUAACUACUCCUAUAGUCGACUCAGACAUGGGCUGCGCUUUUAUGACGGCACCGAAGACUCGGAAUACGAUUACGUAUUGCCCAAAGAGUUGGCAAUCGUUAAGUACUACUGCGCGGUGAAGAACCCAUUGGAUUGGGACAACUGGCACCGCGCGGUCAUCACUCACGUGGACGACGAUUGGGUCACAGUUUUCGCCUUUGAUUUCGGCAAUAUUAUCGUCGAAACGCGUCAAGAGUUGCGUCUAUUGAAGAAGGAGUUCUUCUUAUAUCCGAUUCAAGCGAUUAAAGUCUCGCUGACGGGAAUCGCGCCGUUCGACCACAACUGGUCCGAUGAGAUCAUUCAAUUCAUGAAAUCAUUUGUCGCCGGAUUUAAAGCGGAUUACAAUUUUGGUUGCAUUUUCAUCGACCUCUUGGGUGCUGAAUACUAUUCAGUGAUUUUGCAUCAAAUGUUUACUAUGAGAAUCGAAAACGACAACCAAGUGAUGCCUCUCUAUCUGCACGAGAAGCUGAUCCGCAAAGGAUUGGCAAAAAUGGUUUCUUAUUGUUUCACGCGAUACGGACAAUAUGUCGGACAUAACGUCGGAUACAAAGUUGGACUCAAUGUUGGACACGACGUCGGACACGAUGUAAGCCACAGAUACGAACACUUUGACACCAUUGAGGAACCGCUUAUGGCAAUCAAAUGUGAAGCAGACUUUGACGCCUAUGAAUCGGCUGUGGUUUCUGACAAACAAACCGAUGACGACGUGAAAUUGGAUCCGAAGCCACAGCAAUCGGCUGGCGAUCAACAAUCGGAUCCAAUUCCUCCGGCGAGUGGUCAUCAAAGCAGUCCAGAGUUCGCUCCGCACAGCAUUGGAGCGCAAAAUGUUGUGCAAAAUGAUCCAAAAGCGACAGAAGACAAGUUUGAUUACAAGAAGUUAUUCUUCACAAGCUUUGAAACGCCGGAAAUGAAGAUAAAGUCUUACUUUAAUGACUUUGAAUCCUUUGGUUUUACUCAACGCAAGUAUUUCACAGAAGAUUCCGAGUUUGUCUGCUAUGAGCGCACAAAUAAUACCAAAACUAAGGCCAGUGUUGCCGUCGUCUCCAAAUCAAAGCCUAAGGAAUAUCCAACUGUUCCCCGAAAAUACAUGACUCCAGAGGAUGAGUCAUAUAUUGAGAGAAAGAGCGAAGGAAAUACUACUAAAUCACCGGUUGAAAACGCUUCCAAAAUUGUUGACCAAUUAGAGUUCGAUGACGACGAAGAAGUGUUAAAGAACUCGAAUGAAGAACUCUUUAGACGAUUGCAAACCAAAAAUGUGAGCUCAGCUCCCGAUCAGCCCAAAGGUGAUCAAAAGGCCAGCACUACCACUGAAGCGAGUACUACAACCACAACCAACACUCCUUUGGAUAUAAGCGAUCACAUAUUAGAGCCCAUAUUAUCACAAUUGUCUCCUGAAGACAACCAACAAUUAAAUCUACCGACCGAUAUGUUUAAUAUGUUUGACACUAAUAAUAAUAAUAAUAACGGUUCAAUUAAUAAUCAGGAAUUUCAUACAGGGGUUACUGAAGGGAACCAAAUUGACAUCAAUUCUUUGGUUACAGACAAUACACCAAAAAUAGAUGAAAAUCCUGGUUUAGUCGAAAGCCCGUCGCAUCCCAAUGAACCCAAACAUGUUGGACAUUUUGAUGGAACCGAGAACAUCAAUUUUGAGCCCACGGUUGGCGAGAACUGUGCCCGAAAAAAUGUGGUCAAUACCGUCGAUAUCACAACAAUGAGUCCAUUUAUUGAAACUUUUGCUGAGACCACUACUACAACCACUACUCCUUGUCCCCCUCCAGAGACUACCACUCCUUGUCCUCCUCCAGAAACUACCACUCCUUGUCCUCCUCCAGAGACCACCACUCCAUGUCCUCCUCCAGAGGAGACUACCACUCCGUGUCCAUUACCAGAAAUAGAAACUCCAAGUCCUCCUCCGCCACAAUUGAUGGAAACAAAUCAAUUAAGUGAUUCAGAAUAUCACGAUUUAAUUCACGACAAGAAAUACUCUGUUAUGUAUCCACAUAUGGCGGCAGAAGAGGCCACUAAAGAUGAACAUUGUUCACAACCAACUAUAGUCGCAGACAAUGCAAUUCAAUAUUAUGUACCAGAUAUUGUCACAGAGACUACUACUACCACCACCACUACCACUACUACUACUACUACUACAUCCAAACCCAACUGUGAAACUGGUAUUGAGCCAGCAUUUGGGCAACAAACUAUGUCCAACGUUGUGGGCAAUGUUAGGAAUCAAGCGCAUUCGGUUAAUAAUCCAGUCCCUAAUAGACAACAAUCGGUGCCUAUGAGUGUUCGCCCAAAUAAUAAUAGAUAUCGGAUGCCAAAUGGAUUACCGGUACAAAUGCAGCUAAACGUACAGACAUCGCACGGAGCGCUAUAUUAUCCGCCAAAUUGGCAGAAAAGAGAGAGAAUUGCGUUUCAAAAGCCGAUUCCUCCCAAAAAAUUGGCACCAGUUAUGAGACAACCAGCGAUGAAAACAAGUCAGGUAUCGCCCAAAUAUUCUCCACCGACAUCUAAUGUCCAGACAAAUGUGCCGUCUAUUCAGAGACCUAAUCCCACAGCAAUGCAAAUGACAAAUGCAAACAUUUAUAAUAAACAACGCUAUAAUCUAAACGCAAAUCAAAUCAAUCAAUUGCGACAACAAUUGCACAGACAAAUGUGCCGUCUAUUCAGAGACCUAAUCCCACAGCAAUGCAAAUGA